GGUGCCCGCGCUGCCGCCCAGCGAGCGAGCGUGGGUCUCAGCGGCUGCUCGGCGCGGCGCUCCGCAGGGGCGCGGCCAGGGUUCGGCGCGCGGCAGCGGGACUGCGAGCGGCCGCCGCGGGCGAUGAUUCACCCGGCAGGGCAGCGCCCUCCGCGCGUCGGGGCGUGGCCUGGCCGCUCCCGGCCAGCUCGGCGCCGGGCCCUGGACCCUGCCGGCCGGCGGCCUGCACAGCGCCGGCGGGAGGACGGCGGCGGCGGCCCACGGGGCCGGUGCUGCCACCUGCGGCCGGCGCCUGGGAUGGCCGAGCCGGCCCGCGCCGCGCACCUGGGCGUCCUGGUGGAAAAGUGGGGACUCAAACCCAACCCCGAUAGACGACUUCCCACUUGUUGGGGAGGAAGGCUGGGCGAAACCCGAGGCUGGGGCUCUCCUGACUCUCCAGGACACACCCUGAACAUCUUGACCUGACCAACAUGAACAGCUACAAGAAGGAAGGAUUCCAACACCAAGAAGUUUGCAACAACUAACCACGCCCCUCCCUCAUCUUGCCUUUAAAAGUGCUUUGCUGAACUUCUUGGAGAAGUUCGGGGUAUUUUAAGCACGAGACAGCCUUCUUGCAUAGCCCUGCAAUAAA